UUCUAUACCGACGAACCAGCUUCAGUCGAUCUUGAACGUGCAGCCAUCGAUAUCGUAGUGACAUUCGUUGAUCGUGCUACUUAGAAGACCGUGGCCGUUCGUUGAUCUUGCUACCGUCUCCCCCCGAAUACAACGCACCCUCAUUUUGGCUGCACCGAACCGCAAAGUUAGGUUGUAUACAGUCGUUAUCAGCGUGCGUUGUCUUCCCGGGAAGACGGUAGCUAGAUCCUUGCCGUUCCUUGAUCUUGCUACUUAGAUCUUGGCCAUUCAACGAGUGUGGCUUGCCAAUUAAGAUCAACCUUUUUUUUUUUUUUUUUUUACCUCAUCAGUCGACUGACCGUGGACGUUGAUCGAGAGAUUGGCAGUAAAGAUCGUCCGUCUUCCCUGCCUCGAAAAUGCCGAUGUCAACUCGGCGUAGGGUGAGGGCAGUGGUAGUGGAGAGAGAGGGAGAGUCAGACGAAGAGAGCACGAGUGAGGAGGAAGAGGAGGAGGAAGAGGAAGAGGAGCAAGAGGAGGAGGGAGAGGAAGAGGAGGAACAGGAGCAAGAGGAAGAGGAUCAGCGACGACGGCCUCAGAGGACCGAUCCUGGAAGGAAGCCGAUCAAUAUUAAGUUGAAAUCAACGAAGGGAUGCAAGGUCUGCAAGAAGACAGAUCAUCAAGCUGGGUUUGUUGGAGCAGUAUACAAAGAUUGUCCCAAUAAACCUUGCUUUCUCUGCAAAAGGCCAGGUCACACGACGGCAACCUGCCCUCACCGGACCGCCCCAGAGCAUGGUAUUACGCCUUCGUCUCGGAGACAUACAGAGGCAAUUGUUGAAUUCGUUGCCGAAAGAGAGAUCAGGGGCUCAUCGUGCGAGCUCAAGCGGCCGCCAGUUAUCCCUAAUGAGGUCCAGGCUGCCAUAGUAAAGCUGCACAGCAGACGGGUGACAACGAUGGAAUUCCAUCCGACCCGGCAGAACAUUCUACUCUCUGGAGACAAGAGGGGUCAGUUAGCCAUUUGGGACUUUGAAACUGUUCAUGAAAGGACUGUGUAUCAGUCGGUGCACUCAUGUCUCCUCAAUACCAUCAGGUUUAGUCCGGAUUCCGAUGUGUCAGUCUUCACAGCAUCGUCAGAUGGAACAGUGUGCUACACUGAUCUGGAAACGGGCUCGGCAGAGACAUUGGUGGAUCUGAACCCCAAUGGAUGGCAUGGUCCAAGCAGCUGGAGGAUGAUCUAUGGACUUGAUGUCAAUAACGAGAAGAACUUCGUCCUUGCGGCAGACAGUUUUGGUGACCUUCACCUGAUAGAUAAGAGGUCAAAGAAGCUGAUUAAUAAACAGCCAAUCCGGAUUCACAAGAAGGGGAAGAAGGUCUGUGGGAUCCAUGUGAACCCAAGUCACACAGAUAUCAUGAUGAGCUGUGGGAAUGACCACUCGGCACGGAUAUGGGACAUCAGAAAUCUGGAAGGUUUGGAAAAGUGUCUCGCUCAGCUUAACCAUCCACGGGUUGUCAAUUCAGCGUACUUCUCACCGAGAACAGGGCGGAAGAUUCUCACAACGUGUCAAGAUAAUAGAAUUCGCGUUUGGGAUUACAUAUACGGUGACUUGAGUUUGCCAAGCAGAGAAAUAGUUCACAGUCAUGACUUCAACCGGCACAUCACCAACUUUCGAGCUGAAUGGGAUCCACGGGACCACUCGGAAUGCUUGACGGUCGUUGGUCGUUAUAUUAGCGACGUCUUUGAUGGUGUGGCUCUUCAUCCCAUUGAUUUCAUCGAUGCAAGCACAGGGCAGCUUGUGGCUGAACUUGUAGAUCCCAACAUAGCCACCAUUAUCCCUGUUAACAAACUCCAUCCGGAACUCGACAUCCUGGCAAGUGGUAGUUCCAGGUCCUUGUUCAUUUGGCGGCCAAGUGCAUCAGACGAUCUGGAGGAGUCGGAGAAUGGGAAGAUGAAGAAGAGUAAUGCAUCCGAAGUUAUCAUCUUCAAUGCUGAAGGAGAGAAGAAAAAGAAAAAAAAUAUGUCAUUAAAGAAUUGCAAGUCCUUGGGUGAUGAUGACGACGACGAUGACUGCAGCGAUGAUGAUGAUGAUAUGCCAAAGAAGAAACUCAAAGCCUGCACAAAACGGAAGUAACCGCAUGGAGUACUUCCCAGAGUGCACUCCACAGUGAUGGAAGAAGGCUAGUCGGUUGUGUCUCAGAAGUGAUCGAGUGUUAGCUCCACAAAACGGAAUGACAGGCACCAAUUCAGUCCCAUGCAGAACGUGGCUGUGUACACAAGGGUUCGGAAUCUUCGGAUACCAUUUUCGAAUUGGUGCCUGUCAUUCUCUGAAGAGCGCACUCCGCAGUGAUGGAAGAUGGCCGGUUGUGGCUCAGAAGUGAUAGAGCGUUAGCUUCACGGCCAGAAUGUGCUGCAUGGCAUACGCAGUUUGUAACAAUAGUUCAAUCAACUUUAAUGUAAAUAUUCUGGACUUUGACACUCGGUCGGGCUAUCCAAGUCCAAUUGCCGAAGAGGAAAAGGAGACGGCCACUUUGCGAG